AUGCGUGACGUCAAGGAUGUCAUGAUGGAGGCUGGCAUUGCGAGUGAAGUACUCACGCAACAAUGGCGGCCGAUGUCGCGCGUUGGUCUGCCGCUCAAAACGUGGGCCAUGUGUUUCCCCGACGUGGGAAGCCUCUGCGCCGGGGAGCGUUUUUUUGGGGACUAUGCGAAGAAGCUAGCGCGUCUUGGACCCGUGUCGAGAGGUAAGUUCGGCUCAGCGCAGUCGGGAGGCAGGGGGAGCGGAUUUGCCGCUGGGGCGAACACAUUUGAGGUAGGGGUUGGAACCUCCGCAACUCGGGCCGGGGCGGUUCAGGCGGCUACUGCCGCCACGGGGCAUGCGGCGCUAGAUGGGGGGCGUGCAGCCGCGGCGCAAGCCUUGGCGUCCGCAGUGCCUGCUCCGGUUAUGCAGGCGCUCCAGCUGCUGCUCCAGAACUUGCCGCAGGCCAACAAGGGCGGAGAAAAGAAGGGAAACUAG